CAAGGGCCAGAUCACACAGUUCAUCAACCCUGAGCCCUGGAUGUGUGGGUGGGAGCGAGUGUAGAAGGAAGAGAGCAGGAGGAGGAUCUGUGGUAUGAAAAGGAGGUGCCCAGGAGGGAGGCCCCGAGUGAGACCGAGUGGAGCAAAGCAGCCACAAGUGUAGAUACCUCGAGAGGAAACUGCAGGGACCCUCAUGCUGCUGUGGGUAGUACAAACAGUGCUGCUAUCGGCCCGGAUUUCAGGGGGCACUACACCUCAGCGCCAGAUGGUGGAGUGUUUCUCUAACUUCGGAGUGGAAUCCGGGAGUUGCAGCUCGCUGCUCGGCCGCGUGUCGCAGGACGACUGCUGUCUAAACCCCCGUUAUGGCUUCCAGGAUGAUCACGGGAAGUGCCGCUCCUGCCGGCCCGCCUCAUGGUCCGAGUGGAGCGAGUGGAGUCACUGCACCGUGUCCUGCCAGGAGGGUGUACGGCAGAGGAGACGCUUCUGCUAUGGGCUGGGUGACUGCGAGGACACGGAGGCCCUGGGGAACCUGCAGACUCAGUCUUGUGAAGACCAAGCCUGCUGCCCACAGUCUGGGGGCUGGACAGAAUGGGGCAAGUGGGGAGCCUGUUCUGUGACCUGCCGGAAAGGAAGCAGGAGCCGUAGGAGGAUGUGCGCCAACCCCCGCCCGAUCUGCGGGGGCAACUGUGAGGGAGAAGAUACUAUGACUGAGGAAUGUGACACAGGAACGUGUCCAGUCCACGGAGCCUGGGCAGAGUGGAGCCCAUGGAUGCACUGCAGCAGGAGCUGUCUGACAUACAGCAUGGCACUACCCACCCGCCACCGCACCAGGAACUGCACAAACCCGGAGCCCUCUGAGAAACCCCCAGGAAUGCCCUGUCCUGGCCAAUCUUUGGAUGUGCAGGACUGUGACAACCUGCCAAACUGUCCCGUGGAUGGCGGCUGGACUCUGUGGAGCAAGUUCUCAGAAUGUUCUGUGACCUGUGGUGUGGGGCAGAGAGUGAGACUACGGCAGUGCACUUCCCCACCUCCCCAAUAUGGGGGUCAGGACUGCUCUGGAGAUUCUGUCGAAAGAGAGCUCUGUAACACACGUAAGCACUGCCCAGUGGAUGGCCUGUGGUCAGCGUGGACACCCUGGGGCAAAUGUGUAAGACAGAAUAGAAACAUCACCUGUAAGACAUAUGCGGGCCGACAGAUGCGGGAGCGGAGCUGCAGGUUCACAGCCUGGGAAGGGAAAUCCUGUCCCGAAAAUCCGGGAAUAUCGGAGAGCCGGGUCUGCUAUGACAUCAACAAGUGCGAGAUGCAUGGCAAGUGGAAUGAGUGGAGCGAGUGGAGUCUCUGCAAGCCCAGCUGUGGACCUGGAGCUCAGAAAACCAGAACGCGGGAAUGUCAAGUAGACGUGUCUAUGUACACGAUGCUGGUUGGAGCAAAGCAGGAUCAGGCCUACUUCUCUGGGAAGCCUUUGGAGUUAUGCCCUAAGCUAGAUGAGAAGGUCCGGACUCAGCCCUGCCUUCAUGUCCCCAAGUGCAUAGAAACUUAAGGGGUGAAAAUGUCAGCCAGUAACCCUCCGACAGCUCCCAGGCCUCGUGGACCCCGUCCACACAAAUGUGCCCAGCAGUAAGGCAACACGUGCGGACUCAUUUCAAUCUAAAAUGCAUGGUACAUUGUUUAUUAAUAGAAUACUCACUCAUAUUCACAAACCAUAUUACUUCAAUUUAUAGCAAAAAUAUUUAACCGAUUAGCUGAGAAUGGCAUAAGAGUUUACAAUACUGUUAUAUAGUGCUGGACAGUUCAUUCUCUCCAUUUUAAACUUCCAGGAGACAAAAAAAUGCAUGAUGGCUCUAACCAUGAAAUAACAUUCUUACAUGCUAACAUGCUGUCAUUGUUGCCCUGACCACUGUAUCCUGACUUUUUGUAUUAUGAUUCCCUGUUGGUAAAAUACCCCAGAGCAAUUAAAGAUGUCCCAGAGCUCUCUGGGAAAUAAAGUGACUAUAUGUA